CAAGAUAUUUCCGCGCCAAAACGAAACGAGAACUUCAAGGGCAAUCUCGUCCAUUAGAUAACCCAACACGUUCCUCUCCGAAUCUUGUGGCUGAUAUCACACGCUUCUCCUCCUCCUACUGUACAAACCAUUUGCUACCCUGUUAUUAUCAGUUUAUCACUGCACUAGCGUGGCUGCUCUACUGUUCGGUUCAUGGCCGGCACGUGCAACUCCAUCGCGCCUCACGUGAUCGGAUCCACUGUCAUCGAAUUAUCUCGAAACGGCAGAACUGGAGCUCCUUUUUCGGUUCGGAUAUCCACGAAGAGCCACGGAGCCACCGUGGCCUCCGCCGCCACGUGUAACAACAAGGAAGGUCCAUCGUGCAUAUACGUCGGACCUAUCGAGACCGCCAGUAAAGAAACUCUUGAAGCUCUCUAUCGACAAGCUCGGGAUGCGUAUUACAGUGGUGAACCUUUGAUAGUUGACGACAUGUUUGAUAGAGUGGAGUUAAAGUUGCGGUGGUAUGGCUCCAAAUCUGUUGUUAAGUAUCCUCGUUGUAGUAUUCGGCGACAGUCAACAUAUGCAGAUGCGGAGGAAGAUCUAUCACAGGUCCUUGCAUUAGCGAGCAUAUGGAUGAUGAUUUUUGGUAUUGGCAGUUCUAUAUGUCUUGUGCCAAUGAUCUACACUGUGGUUCUAGCAUAUCAGGAUGCAUUCAGUCGGGGAAUUUCCUAUGGUAGUCACGCAUCUGUGUCGGGGUUUCUUGCAAUGGCAAAUGUCAUUCUUUUCAUGGCAGUGGGUGCUUUAAUUGGCUAUCCAGUUGCCUCAGCUUCUGUUAGAGUGCUUCAAGGCCUGUGGAGGAAUGACUUGGUGGCAUUGAAAGGGGCAUGCCCAAAUUGCGGAGAAGAGGUAUUUGCAUUUGUGAGGUCAGAUCAAACCAACGAGUCCCCACAUAGAGCAGACUGUCAUGUAUGUGAAUCCUUACUAGAAUUCCGCACAAAGUUUGAGGAAUCAAGUUCGAGACUAGGUAGACAGUGGGUUUAUGGUCGUAUAUAUCUUCUAUCGAGGAUAAACAGACGCCAAAUAUGGAUGUAAGAUGUCUAUGCAAUUUCUGUUUCACUAUGUAUAGAAAGCAUAAUUCUUUCCUGCCUGUUUUUGGGCAAUUUGUAAUUAUAUUGAGCGAUGGGGGUAUAUUUGACAGAAGAGUGACCUAUUGGAUAUCUUUUACUGUAGAAUUAACUCACUUUUAAGAUGCAAGUAAAAACCGUAAAAGUUGAUUUCUCUGGUGAAAAAAGAAAAGAAAUAAAGUUACUAGUUAAUGUUGUAUUCUUAA